AUGAACAGCUACGACGCGCUCAGCAACUCUGAAGAUGAGGACUUGACGCUGCCCCUCCGCAAGACACACGCCGCCGCCGCUAGCAAGGAGGAGAAGGCAAGGAGGAGAAGGCAAGGAGGAGAAGGCAAGGAGGAGAAGGCAAGGAGGAGAAGGCAAGGAGGAGAAGGCAAGGAGGAGAAGGCAAGGAGGAGAAGGCAAGGAGGAGAAGGCAAGGAGGAGAAGGCAAGGAGGAGAAGGCAAGGAGGAGAAGGCAAGGAGGAGAAGGCAAGGAGGAGAAGGCAAGGAGGAGAAGGCAAGGAGGAGAAGGCAAGGAGGAGAAGGCAAGGAGGAGAAGGCAAGGAGGAGAAGGCAAGGAGGAGAAGGCAAGGAGGAGAAGGCAAGGAGGAGAAGGCAAGGAGAAGGCAAGGAGAAGGCAAGGAGAAGAAGCUCCAGCAGCUGUGGGCUCUCACGAAGCAGACGCCUGCCACCGCAAGCGCCUCCACUGUGGGGCGCCCGGUGGGAGUGGACGCCGCUACGCAGACGACCGCCUCCCUGGCCCAUGCUGCAAUGCAGGUUGCUAGGGAGGUGGACACGGAGUCGGGGAUACCCACCGACAACAAGAAGACAGCCUCCUUGGAAACGGCCGCCCCCUCUGCCUUUGCAGUUACGCAGAUGGUGGAGCCUAUGGAUACCGAGGGAGAAGACGACGACGAGCUGGAAUUCGAGUGCUGCCCCUCCCGAACAAGAAUUGUAUACCAGCAAAGCUUGCAGGCAGCAGAACAAAACCCAGGAAAAUACUGGGGAAUCAUCAGGGCUAGACGGCAACCCCAGACAGCCACAAGACCACUGCAUGGACAACAGGGGCUGGUGUAUACCCCUGAGGAAAAAGUGGCCGCCAUGUCAGACAUGUACGAGCUCCAGUUCCAUGAGAACGUAGUGGAGGAUGAGGAGGAAGAAGCAGAAGGCUCGAAAGGAGAGUGGAGACAUCUCAAACAAAAACUCAAUGCCAGGGUCGAUACCACCUUCGUGGACACCAACGAGCGAAAGGGUUGGCUCAAGUUCUCUGCACUCCACACCACUGUGCAGGCACAGCUCAGAGGGAGAGAAGCAGUGUAG